UUCACUGCUUGUGGUUCCAGACAGGGAUAAGUUCACCACCGUCCUCUCUCCCACACCCGUACCGAACACCCAAUGGUUUACUCGUGACAAAGGAUCGAAACUUGUUCGGAAGAUUACUAAAAUUCUUCAAAACAAAUUCGAAGGUCCCUUCUACAGCUGGACAUGUGUGCCGCGGGACAAACAAGAGAGAUACUUCCUUGAGUUCGCGGUAAGGAUAGCUUCUUUUUACAUAGCUUUCAUACAUAGCCUUCAUACAUAGCUUUACAUGUGUUCUUUUCACUCACAAUAGCUCCUUUUUUUUUCUAGAAAACCCACACCUGGGAUCCUUUGAUAAUCGGGACUGUUCAAGCUUACUUUGAGGAAAUCUGUCAAAAGCGGAUCAAAGACAUGGUUAGCACUGUGAGGACUAGUCGAGUUCAACCAAACUGGAUUGGCGACACUCUCUGGAUUACGAUGGAGGAUUACUGGGACACUGAAGAAGCACAACAAAGGAGUAAAACCUACUCUGAUGCCCGUAUGUCUGACCGUAACGGCCUAGGUCCUCACGUCCACCUCUCAGGGCCAAAGUCGUAUCGACAGCUUCAAGACGAAAUGGUUGAGGAAUUGGGAAGAGAAGUCCGACUUGGUGAGGUUUUUAUCAAGGCACAUACAAAGCCUGAUGGUACAUAUGUUGAUCGGAAGGCAGAGAAGAUUGCAGAAACUUAUGAGAAGACUGUUCAAGAGAGGUUGUCUCAGCUCGAGGCAGAGUCUUUUGCUGUGUCAGAUGGAGAAUCACGGCCACGGGAACCUCACAACAGAAGAAUAUACAGAAAUUUUCCUACAGAUACAAUAGGAACACCUUAUGGAGUUGGAAGCCUCAAGGACUGCCUUGUCAAUGGAAAGCAUAAGCAAGCAUGUGGCUCUUCUACCUUUGUGGCUCUCCAAGAACAGUUGAAGGAAGCUCAACGCAUGAUAGAAGAACAGGCUGCUCAACUACAGAGGCGUGAUGCAGAAACAGCUGUGCGUGAAGCUGAGCAAUCCAAGGUUAUUGCUGCCUAG